UUGACUAUUGUACUACGAAUGGAUGAUAAGAUGAAUAGGCAGUUAACUAGUUGUAUAUCACCAGGGGACAGUCCAAGGCUCUUAGCACAGGAAUUAGUCCAUUACGGUUUUAUCAAUGAAGUUGACCGAGAAAAAAUAGCCAAUCUGAUAGAAGAGUCAUUACACAAUACAACAUCGGGCAACAGUAGUCCUACGCACACGUUUCCAACCCUCUCCACCAUACCGAUGUUGGCGACAGUAUCUGCAGUGCCCCAAACCAUCACGAAUUCCCUGCCUGCCGUGAACGUGGCCUCCACUCAAGUGCCCAUGCACUCUACGAGUUAGUAAACUGCCAUUUCGCAUCUUAUUAUCGCUAAUAUUAAGACAGUGCUAGACUGCCGAGUCCCGAACCUCGAAAAGGUCUCCAACGGGGCUGUAUACUUUAGGAAGAAAACUCGAGAAGACUGUUCUUUUUUAAAAUAGUAUGUUGGACAUCGCGCUAGUCAAGUGACCACGUGUUGAAUCUGUGAUCAGAGCUCCAUUUUUUGACGUUUGACAUAUGAAUUUGAAAUGAGGAAGGAUAAUAAGAAUAGAGAAUUGGACUGGUUCACAUAGAAUUGUCGAGAUGUAUGUGAUCUGUUUUGUUUUUAUCGAAGCAGAAUGAUGAGGUUUUUUAUCUGAGCGAGCUAUGCUAUAUCUAAAAUAGGGCAACUUGUAGAGGGAAUCUCUGGAACAGGAGUCUGAUCUAAAAAGCUUGCAUCAAAAGUUCAAAAGGCUCCAAACAAUAUGCGGUUGUACCUACAAUUUCUAGUUUCUCAAAAAAUCAGUUUCCAGUUUUUCCUCAAGAGGCCCCUGUAAUAUUUAGCUUCCGUUUCCGUAUAGGUAUCCAAAUACUCGUUGUUGCAAAUUUAUUAUUGUUUGCCCUUUGAGACUGAUAUAACAUUAAAAAAAUUAGCUAGAGGAAUAGUCUUAUCAAGUCAGGACCAAUCUGAAGUUGCUGACCAGGUUACAGAGAGUCUAUAGAUUUGCAUGCAGUGUGAUUUCGUCAUCAUAAAGUCAGAGAGCGUUCAAAGGCUUUGGAUCCUGAGGUUUAUUUGUGGAGGAUUCAUAAAUAGGUUGGAGGGAUUGGAAGUAAUGAUCUAAUAGAAUAUGAUCGUAUACUUCGAUUUAUUUUCUAGGAUUCCAAAUUGGAUUGAACAUUCAAAGAUUUCUGUUCAGCACCUGCAGAGUUUGGGAAGUGAUCUCAAUAAAGAUUUUUUUUGUUUUGUCACUUUUAUAAAUCCUCUUUAGGAAUGAAGUCAUUUUAUUGUACACAAAUACAAACAUUAAAAAUUAAAUUUUGAAUUAAUUGGUUUUUGUGGACACUAUAGGUUUUUGAUUUUCUAAAUGAAGGCUUCUCUACUUUGUGCUGUCAGGGGUGUUAAAAUGGUAGUGAUAUGCAAUAAUUUGUUAUUGUGGAGAAAUCGUCUAAUUCGGUAAUCCUAAUUACAGAUUCUAUCAAUCUUUUGUUCAAGCUGCCUAGAAAAGGGUUGUACAAAGUCUAAUAUAUUUCAGUAACUAUAUUCACACCAAAAAAUUGUUAGUAGAAUCGCCACGAAGAAGUUGUUUUUGGGGAUAAAUUACUGAUUUUUGUAUUGUUUUGCUUUUCAAAAAAAUUAUAAACUUUUUUAUUGCUUUGAAAUGAAUGUUGGUGGAUAACAAAAUGUUCUAAUCAAUUAUUAGUAUAUUCUUAAUGACCGUUCAGUGUAAGUAUGAAUAAUAACUGCAAAUAUACCUUGAUAUGUACAAAAAGUUUAAACAUGCAGUUUUUUAGAAUAGCAAGGAAUCAGUUCACAUGAAAAGUGAACUUUUUCACAUAUCAAGAAAUUUACGUCAGUACAUAUUUUUGGUAUACCGUUAUUGAAAAUAUAUUACUAGAUACCAAUGUUAUAAAUUAGAACACUCGUUUGCAUUUUAAGGUAGUGAAAAAGUAUUUAUUUUCAAAGAAAAUAAUGAAUAGUAAUAAAAAAACUGGUAACCUCUCCCCAAAAGUAGGGUUGUUGAACUUUUUACACUUCUUGACCGUGGUUCUACUGAUAAUUUCUCAGUGUGUGAUAAAAUCGUAUUAGUUAUUUGAAUAUUAAAGUUUGCAUUUGUGUAUAUUAAAGUUUCUUUGAAAAAAAAUCUAGUUCAAUAAAGUAUUCGAUUGAUUUAAUAAAAAUUUUCAGUGAAAAUCAAUUUUAGCUGCAUGAGACCAUAAUGAAUAUCUGCUUCCAUGAGCUUUUUUUUGUAUCUCACACAGCCUUGAGACCUUGAACGUUAUCAAGUUUAGAUGGCCUUAGACAUCUCUGCACCGAUUUGACUAUCAAAGUAAGGAACUGGUACAUUUCAAACUCUUCACUAGAUAUUGUCUUCAACGAAACUGCCAUUAAUUUGGCUCAGUUUGGUCUAAUUAUUUGCCUACAGAAAGGUAAGUGUUUGAAAUUUGACUAGUUCAGUAUAAAUUGAGAUUUUAUAGCGGCUUGAAUGAAAACUUUCAAAAAUAUUUAACACCAAAACUAAAAUGGAUUUA